AUGGAGAGAUCCAGUUUAAUCACGCCCGAGUCAAUCCCUCUCAGUCUCCGGAUUCGAGGCUCCCUCUAUGGUCUUGCGGUCUGCGACGCCUUGGGAGGACCGGUUGAGUUCAAAAAGCGUGGUUCCUUCCCACGGGUCACUUCGAUGCUUCCCAACGACAACUUCGGUAUCGGACCAGGCUAUUUCACAGACGACACUUCAAUGGCUUUGUGCCUAGCUCACUCUCUCCUGGAUAACAACGGCCACUCCAACAUCGCUGACCAAGUCAAGAAAUACAUCGCAUGGUGGCAGCAGGGCUAUAUGUCCUCGACCGGGUCCUGUUUUGACAUUGGCGUCUCUACGAGAAGCUCGUUGACAACCUGGUCCAACUAUAUGGAACAGGAGUACAACCAUUUGCGUCCUGAUUCAGUGGCAGCCGAGGAGGCUCUACUCUCCAUAAAGAAAAAGAUUACAGAUGUGUUCUCGAAGGAACAGUAUUGCGGGAAUGGCAGUUUGAUGAGGGUUCUCCCAGCCGCACUAACUGCACAAAGCGAGCAAGAGGCCGUGGAAGUGGCACGGGAGAGUUCGAUCCCAACACACCCUCAUCUCCGCUGCGUACAUGCUUGCAUGAUAUACGUCGCCCUGGUCUACCAAGCACUCAACGGCGCAUCAAAGACUGAACUUGCUGUCAGCCUGUGCGAGUCGGUGAAUGAGCCUCCUAACAACAUUUCUGACACAGCAAUAGAGUCAGUGCUCAAAGCGCGGUUUCAAGGCUACCGCACAAUUACAGACUGGAAGUCGACUUCUUCCAAAUCAAUCCGAAGUACAGGGUAUGUCGUCGACAGUCUCGAGGCAUCUCUAUGGGCGUUCUUCAAAACGAACAGUUUCGAAGAAGGCGUCCUCCUUGUCGUGAAUCUAGGAGACGAUGCAGACACUGUUGGGGCGAUAUAUGGAGGAAUUGCCGGGGCUUUCUAUGGUAGCGAAGCUAUCCCUGAAAGAUGGCUGGAAGAGAUGCAGAGGCUGGAUCUUUUGAAUGACACAGUGCACAAAAUACUCACGUUGAGGGAAAAGACUAUAUGA